AUGAUAGCUGUUAUAUUAAACCUUGCUAUAUUAACAUUUUUGCAGCAUGGUACUAGUUACCAACAACCGGACAUAAAUUGUUAUCACAAUCUGACUCAUAAAAAUACCCCAUAUCAGAAUAUUAAACAAAAUGGAGAGCAUUUAAAAAGAAUUUUAAGAGCCAUACCACAAGGAUCGGACGAUUUUUUACAUGGUACAACUACCCAGGUGGAAAAUGAAUUAGAAGGCAUUAAUCCUGAAACACAUACAUUAUUUCCAGAAUAUUCUUUUCCUAUUAUUAAUCAAAUUAUUCGUCAAGAAUGUUUACCAGAGGAUAAUACUAAUAUCGGCAAUAACGAGGAUAUCAUAAUAAAUUUGUUAACGAAUCUCGCUAAUGCUCAUGCCAAUAAUAAUGGUACUGCUUUUAAUAAUCAAAAUUUAAAUACAAUCCCAUAUUUAGAUUCUGAUUUUAUAAUGGAUCGUUUAAAUUUAAUUUAUAGUAUGGAUGAACUUUGUGAAUCCACUGUUAAUAACAUGCUCUCACAAUAUAAUAUUCUUUCAGACGAAUUUGAACUAACCCAAGAAGAAAGACUUGCUAUAUGGAAUCAAUCUUUUAGAACAAAAUUAGAAGGUUUUUUUAACAUAAUUGUGUCGUCUUUACAAAAUUAUAAUAUUCCUACACCUGCCAUAGAAGCUUAUAUUUUAUCCAUCAUUGAGCACACAAAAAUCGAAUUUCAAAUGUUUUUAAAUUCAACUAGAAUAUCUUGGGAAGCAUCUUUGAACAACCCCAAUAAUCCAAAUCAAUAUUCACAGACAACGGUAUAA